AAUAUAAAUCUACCACCGCGCAAUACGAACCUCUACGCUGUACUGUCUUGGCAGGCUACAUGUGACUUGGUUUCCGUUGCUUUCUUGCUUCCGCAAAUACAAAAGACACUGCAGAGCUGCAGAUGUCAAGCGCUUGGUUCUCCGAUGGACCCGAUCGCAGCGCGCUGGUCGCAAAACCAAGUGAUGGUCGACAGCCGAACCUGCCGCUGCGCAGUGGACGCGAGCCCAACCAGCGGGCGAGUAUGGUAAGAUGCCGGACCUCGGCGCCCCCCGCACGCUGCCGUUCUUCGCCCUUCUGCCCGUCCUGUUGGCCCUGUCGCAGGGGCUGAGCCAUCCACCCAACAGCCCAUGCAGAGUGACUCAAAACACGGCUCGCUGUGAUGGCUUCCGCCUCACUUCUGUGCCGAGUGACUUGCCACAUCAAAUAGAGGAGCUCUUUUUAAAUCAGAACCUCGUCCUAAAAUUACAGUAUGAUUCCCUGUCACGGUAUCCAUCCCUUCGCCUUUUCAGCUGUGCAAACAGUCAUCUGAGGGCAGUAGAAGAGGAUGGGUUCUCCGGUUCACCUCUGAUAGAGAGUCUCAGUUUAGCCAACAAUGAGCUUCACCAUGGAUACGUGCAGCUUGCUCACUCUAUGAGGUGUCUGACUAGGCUGAGAACUCUGGAUCUGUCUGGUAAUGGGCUUAGAGAAGACAUGGCUUCUGACCUGCUACAGAACCUCUCAUCGCUUGAAUUCCUGAAUUUAUCAAAUAACAAUCUAUUGAGGCUAGAUGAAGCCAUAUUUAGAGACCUACAUCAGCUAAAGGAGCUUAAUCUCGAGAGGAAUCUGUUGUUUGAAAUUGAUGGAGCAUUUGAUCACUUGAAAAGACUCCAACGGCUUAACCUGGCCUACAAUUCUCUGCCUUGUUUGGUGAAAUUUGAGAUGACCCAGCUGGUAGUGUUGAAUGCCAGUCAUAACAUUAUCGAAUGGUUCAUAACAAAUUUGGACCUCACAGAGACUUUUCAGCUGGAGACGCUGGAUUUGUCUGACAACCAGCUGCUGUAUUUCCCCUUUCUUCCUCAAAAAAGUCGCCUAAAGACCUUGUUACUCUCCAACAACCAGAUUAGCUUUUAUGGUCAUCUUGCAGAGCACACCUCUCCAAACUGGACUACCAGUGUUGAGUACUACAACUUAGGUGGAAACCUCAGCAACAUUACAGUGGAUCUCUGGAAUGACAGCUUUCAUGGAGACAUUUCUUCCGUCGAGCUGCUGGAUCUCAGAGUAAACCAGGUGAGAUACUUCCCUCAGGGAUUCCUUCAGAAAAUGCCUCACCUCAAUAGGCUGUGGCUGACCAGGAACUGUCUAGAGUCCCUGAACCUGACAGCAGAGGACCUGCCCGUCACCCUCUACCAGCUGGACGUGAGCAACAACAGACUUACCGAGGUGCGUGCACAGUUGAGCUCAACCAGCAAGCUGAACAACCUCACGCAUCUAAACCUCAGCUUAAACGACAUCCAGCAGCUCCCGCCCGACAUGUUCACUAUGCUUCCUAGCGUCAGCAGUGUAGACCUCAGUUACAACAGGGUGGGGCUGUGCCUUCCAGGAGACACCACUAGCUUGGACUCUUCUGCCUGUGCUGUUUGGAGAAAUCUUUCCUCCUUAAAACAGCUCCAUAUCGCUGGGUGUAACAUCAUGAAUGUGCCACCUAUCAUUUUUAAAGGUACUCCACUAACACAUCUUGAACUAUCUAACAACCCUGGUCUGCUCAUUGACCAAGACUCUUUAUUAGGACUCAGUGGGACUUUGCAGCAUCUGGGACUGAGUAACACAGGGUUGCAAAAUUUUGACUUCUCUCCAUAUAAAAACUUGAAGUCUUUAAACAUCUCCAAAAACUCAAUGUUGGAACUUCCGAGAUCACUAAUGACACUGAACCUGAAGCUCCUGGACUUGAGGGAUAACAUGUUGUCGACCAUCCAGUCAGAACAGGCAUUUGUGCUGGCAGACAGAGUUCAGAUUCUUUAUGUGAAUGGAAAUGCCUUUAACUGCUGCCAGCUUCAGUGGUACAGGACACUUGAGGCAUCCAGAACACUUUCUGUUGUUGAUCUAUCAGAAGUUACAUGUACGGACCUUCACUACCAAAGACAAAGAGCUGUGCUUUUUAACUCCUUCCUCUGUGGUCGCAGGAACACAGAGGAGUCGUUUUUCUGGUACAUUCUACUGUUUUUAUCUGUUAGUGUGUCCCUGGUGGGCAUUGGUGUCAUUUAUUUCCUUACAUUCAGGCCAAAGGUGUUGCCUCGGGCGAUCAAAAAGAGAUGCUGGCGGCCCACACCAUACUGAAGAAAUACACAGCCCUUGUAAAACUGGUCAAAUAAAGUUAAAUACACAUUUUUCUAAUAAUGAAAUUGCAAGCUCAUUCUUUUAAAUAAGAGAACAUGAAAGCGAUUGUCCAUCUCGAUUACAAAAUGUAAACAAACCUCAUUUUUGCACAAGUCCUUUCCUACAUGCACAUUGUAGUAUUUUUGUUUAUUCCUUAAAACAAAAGUGUUUUUGUUUUUUUUUAAAGCAUGUGAGCUCUUGAGGACACAUACCACAGAGAAGAGAUGUGUUGAUGACAAGUUGUGAAAUCUUUUGUAUAUGAAUUGACACAUACGUAAUGCUUAGGAAGUCUCAUGAUGUUCAGCUCCAGCAAUAACUUUCACUUUUUUUAUACCUACUUCUGUGGCUGAGACACAAUCAUCGACUACGCUAGUUCUGUGGCUGAGACACAAUCAUCGACUAUGCUAGUUCUGUGGCUGAGACACAGUCAUUGACUAUGCUAGUUCUGUGGCUGAGACACAAUCAUUGACUAUGCUAGUUCUGUGGCUGAGACAGUCAUCGACUAUGCUAGUUCUGUGGUUGAGACACAGUCAUCGACUACGCUAGUUCUGUGGCUGAGACACAGUCAUCGACUACGCUAGUUCUGUGGCUGAGACACAGUCAUCGACUACGCUAGUUCUGUGGCUGAGACACAGUCAUUGACUACCCUAGUUCUGUGGCUGAGACACAGUCAUUGACUACCCUAGUUCUGUGGGUCGGAUACAGUCAUUAACUAUACUAGUUCUGUGGCUGAGAAUAUGGCCAUUCUACCACUUCUCCAAUAUGUCUUCCUUGGUCAGUUCACCAAAAAUAGCCUCUGAUAUAGCAAAAUAUAUUUUAUUGCAUUUUCAUUAUUUCAUAUAUAAUUACAGCCUUUCAUUAUUAAUUUCAAAUGUAAUUUAUUACCUACUUUAGUCUAGUCCAAGUCUUAGUCCACCUAAAAUGAAUGUUAGCUAAAGCAUUUAUUUACAGCUCCACGUAGUAGUUAAAAUCAGAGGGUUUUAUUUAACAAUAUAAACACACAGUUGUUCUUUACAUCACUGGCUGUCAGACAUUGGAUAAGAAAGGUAGUGGCCCAUUCAUAGUAACUUUGAGCAAUUGUGUAUAUUUGUAUAACUCAAGAUGAUCGUUUUCCUACAACCUUUCAAAUGAGUUCAACCGUGUCCAAUUUUAAUAUUGUAUUGUGACAAAAAUAUACAACUUUACAUUUACAAACACAUGCUAUUAUCACAUGUGAUAAUAGCAUGAACCAAAAUUAUUGAAAUGCAUCUUAUUCAACCACUUAGCAUCAUGGAUCAGUUUUCCAUCUUAAACCAUGACCAUAUAACUUCCAAUGUUGAUCACAAUUUAGUAAAAGACAAACCUUAAUCCACAACUGGAAAUGUGCCAUGUGUAUUUUAAAAUAUGAAGGUUACAACAAGUCUAUAUUAUAAACCCUUUGUUUGACUAAUUAUUUGUCUUUUUACAGAAGUCUGAUCAAUACUUUGAUUUAUUCUUAAGUACACUAUUUCUUCUUGUCAGAUAAGCCAAAGCCAGAUGUCUCCGUGACCUGCUAGGAGUUAGGUGACCAUGCACAACAGUUUGAUUCUAAAUCAAUUUACAUUUGUAAUAAAAACACUUCACAAAUUGCAAAUGCUAUAGCAAAACUGUUGCUUACACACAUAUACAUGUGUGAACAAGUUUAAAUUGAAUAUGAGAAGUUGCGUGUUGCAAACAGUUGCCAAAAGCAACAGAGGAAACAUGAAAUUUCCUGUUUUGCUCAGAUCUGUAGCAACUGCCCAGCACAAGGUGUCAGUGAGGGCUGAGGUUUGGCUCCAUGCUCACUUCUCAAGAGGCCACCGUGCAGGGCCUAGAAGACUUGUGCACUUCUUUGUUUUAGUCCUGCAAGCACACCCAGCAGCUCACUGCUCAUGGCCUGCACACUAAGAGUCAGAGAAUCAGACCUCAAAUCAUUCUGAGGAGAAAGGAAUGAUAACCACUCUCUGUGAACUUCUACCGCUCAGACUGGGUUAACCUCCCAAUGCCGGUGCUUCAGAAGCACUUUCAGAUCCACACGGACCUCGGUGCACGGUAUCUCAUGAAAACAUAUUCUUGAAAUGUAAUACACUGCAAUUUGUAUACUUCUGUAUAUUUAACCGCACACACACACACACACACACGUGUGUGUGUGUGUGUGUGUGUGUGAAUAAAAAGAGAUGUGAGCUGUAUCUUCGUAGUGUGCCCCACAAGGUGGUUCCAGUGCGUCUCCACAGAGACCAAAGUGAAGCUUGUAGGUCAAUUUCAACAAUGCCUCAAACACACGCAACACACGGGUUAGACCGCUGAACCUA